AUGUGCAGACGACAAAACGUGGAAUUACUCCAAGCAGAGGUUGAUGAAGAUGAUCAAAGCUUCUUCCGCCUUCUGAUCGAUGGACAAUCCAUCAAAUAUGUCACCAUCGAAUCUGGCCUCUACACCGCGGAGGAUAUGUGUUUCGGCCCAGCUCUAGUCGCACUUCUUCCGGAAUUCCCUCCUGGAGAUUGGAAUGAUGGACUGGUGGCUGGAGACCCAAAAGGUGAUCAGCCAUACUUCAAGCACGUAGCCCGAACUCAAUUCCCAGGCGUCCGAUAUAAAUGGCACGAAACGGACGUCGAUUAUCUCGACAUUGCGGUGGGAAAGAAGCUGCGAACGGGUAUCUACGAAAUAACAUGUCCGAAAUUCGAUACAGUUGUCGUUGCUAAGUUUGCCCGCUUUCAUUGGGAAAUCCAAUAUCUCGAGAAUGAGACGAUUGCCUACGAAUGGAUCGAUGGCUGUGAGAUCGGACCAAGAUUUUUGGGUCACUUAAUUGAAGAUAAUCGGGUGAUUGGGUUUCUAAUGGAACGCAUCACUAAUGCUCGACAUGCUGGUCCAAACGAUUUGCCAGCCUGCCAGCAGACGCUGUCCCAAUUACAUCGAUUAGGUGUGCGCCAUGGCGACACAAAUCGAUUCAAUUUCCUAAUUCGUGGAUCAAAGGCAGUUUUGAUCGACUUUGACUCGGCACGAAAAUGCGACGACCAAGACACGCUCCGCAAGGAGUUGGAAGAUUUGGAAGGAUGUCUAAAUGAUUUGUCUCAGAAAGGAGGCGGUGGACUUCUUUGCUGA